AGAGCUUCCUGGAAACCGUUGCCUAGCAGCGGCGAUGCCGCCGCGGACGGGGCCCUUAGCAACGGGAGCAUGCCGGUGUGGGUGCGCGACUACAGCUGGGAGCAAACGGCCGAGGCCGUCUACCUGGUCGUCCCCUGGAGGGCCGCCCCGCUCCGCCGCGACGGCAUUUUCUGCGCCGAGCGAUACCUCAAGGUCUGCGGUAGCCCGGGAGGGGGGCAGGCAGGGCCUGGGGGUGGGGUGGCCCUCAUGCGGCUGGGGGCCCUUGGCCAGGAAAGGAAAAGAAACAGUUGUUGUUGUUGUUGUUGUUGUUGUAGUGACAGGGCGCCUGUAUGUGUCUGUUGUUGUUGUUUAGUCGUUUAGUCGUGUCCGCCUCUUCGUGACCCCCUGGACCAGAGCACGCCAGGCACUCCUGUCUUCCACUGCCUCCCACAGUUUGGUCAGACUCAUGCUGGUAGCUUCGAGAACACUGUCCAGCCAUCUCGUCCUCUGUCGUCCCCUUCUCCUUGUGCCCUCCAUCUUUCCCAACAUCAGGGUCUUUUCAAGGGAGUCUUGUCUUCUCAUGAGGUGGCCAAAGUAUUGGAGCCUCAGCUUCAGGAUCUGUCCUUCCAGUGAGCACUCAGGGCUGAUUUCCUUAAGAAUGGAGAGGUUUGAUCUUCUUGCAGUCCAUGGGACUCUCAAGAGUCUCCUCCAGCACCAGAAUUCAAAAGCAUCAAUUCUUCGGCAAUCAGCCUUCUUUAUGGUCCAGCUCUCCCUUCCAUACAUCACUACUGGGAAAACCAUAGCUUUAACUAUAUGGACCUUUGUUGGCAAGGUGAUGUCUCUGCUUUUUAAGAUGCUGUCUAGGUUUGCCAUCGCCUUUCUCCCAAGGAGCAGGCGUCUUUUAAUUUCGUGGCUGCUGUCCCCAUCUGCAGUGAUCAUGGAGCCCAAGAAAGUAAAAUCUCUCACUGCCUCCAUUUCUUCCCCUUCUAUUUGCCAGGAGGUGAUGGGCCCAGUGGCCGUGAUCUUCGUUUUUUUGAUGUUGAGCUUCAGACCAUAUUUUGCGCUCUCCUCUUUCACCCUCAUUAAAAGGUUCUUUAAUUCCUCCUCACUUUCUGCCAUCAAGGUUGUGUCAUCUGCAUAUCUGAGGUUGCUGAUAUUUCUUCCGGCGAUCUUAGUUCCGGCUUGGGAUUCAUCCAGCCCAGCCUUUUGCAUGAUGAAUUCUGCAUAUAAUAAGCAGGGAGAGAAUAUAUGUAUGUGUCUACUCAGAAGUAAAUCCCAGCGAGGUUUGCCCUCAUCAGGCCCACGUAGGUCUUGCAACCUUAAGCUAGUGUUGCUGCUCUUUAAGGUAGAAUCAUAGAAUUGUGAAGUUGGAAGGGACCCUGAGGGUCAUCUAGUCCAGCCCUCUGCAACACUGGAAUUCUGAUCGGAUCUCCCCUUCUUGCUUAAGUGCUUUUCUUUAAAGGAGCCACAGAGGGAUGCCUCAAUCUGGAUCGAAAGAGCAGCACUGGGGGUGGGGUGAGGGUGUUACUGGGUUGUUGUCUUUAUUUUGAUUGCAUAUAUUGUGUUUUUUAGGUCGAUCUUUUUUGUGAACCGCCUGAGACCUCCGGGUACAGGGCGGUAUAUAAAUUCAAUAAAUAGUAAUAACAAUAACACAGGAGUAUGCAGCUAUCCCAUAUGGGGAUCAAACCUGCAACCUUGGCGUUAUCAGCACCACACUCUACCCAGGCUGACAAAUGAGUUGGGGCCUAGCAGGUUCGGGGCAAAUAUAACGUGUAAAUGUUUUGGGAUACAUAUUAUUAUUAUUAUUUAUUUAUUGCAUUUAUAGCAUUUAUAUCCCACCUUUCCUCCAAGCAGCUAAAGUUGGUGUGAAGCUUUGACUUGUGCCCCCAGCGUGCUGCCCAAGUGUGUUUCUUAAAUGCAAGCAUAUUCAUGUUGAUUUCUAAAUGUUCUUCUUAGGUAAAUUCUCCUCCGUUUCUAUUUGAAGCCAUUCUCUAUGCUCCUAUAGAUGAUGUCCGCAGUACUGCCAAAAUCGAGAAUGGCUCAGUUUUCUUCACCCUCUAUAAAAAAGAAGCGGCCAUGUGGGAAUCCCUCAUUAUGGAAAAUGGUGAGUUUUCCAUUGGGUUGGUCUUAAACAAACCUUUGCUGACCUUCCUGCAGUAUAUUAUAUUAUAUUAUAUUAUAUUAUAUUAUAUUAUAUUAUAUUAUAUUAUAUUAUAUUAUAUUAUAUUAUAUUAUAUUAUAUUAUAUUUUAUAUUAUAUUAUAUUAUAUUAUAUUAUAUUAUAUUAUAUUAUAUUAUAUUAUAUUAUAUUAUACUAUACUAUAUUAUAUUAUAUUAUAUUAUAUUAUAUUAUAUUAUAUUAUAUUAUUAAUUUUCUUUGCCACAUAUAUGCAUCACCAUACUUAUUAUAUAUUAGCACUCACAAUUCCUAACAUUUUAUAUCUGAUUUAACUAAAGCUUAACAAGUGAUGUGAUGCCCAGAUACAGCAAUCAACCUGGUUUUUGUCUUACAUACAAUCAUAACUUUUCAUUUAGCAAUAACCCUUAUUUUUUACUAUAUUCAGUAAAGUUAAUCCAGUUUGCCAUAAAGUUGUCUUGUCUUUGUUUCCUAAUUUUAAUAAAGUGUGUUAGUCUAGUGAUUAGGGCAAACCCCUUUCCAUGGGCGUAGCUAAGGGGGGCGGGGGGGGGGCAGAUGCCCCUCUCCCUAGAUUCACAAAUAUUUUUGAAAAGCAUUGAAAGUUGUUGUCUGAUGUAGAGCUGUAUAUAUCCUUUAGAACAUCCACAUUUCUUGCCAAGGCUUUACAUAUUUGUGUAAUAAAACUUAAAGGGGGAAUGGGAAAUUAUUUUUCCUGUAAAGGUCGGGGAGUAGAAAUGUAAACCACUAUUAUUAGCAGUAUUCUUGUUAUUAUUAUUUUUAUGUGUGUAAUGGCUGCUCGCUAAACACAAUAAAUUGAACUGAACUAAACUCAAUUAUCUGAGGUUCUGCCCCUCCCCCCGCCCCCAGCAGAAGCUUGUCCCCUGCAAUGUCCUGUUUAUAGGGUAUUUUUACCCAUGAUUUCCUAAAAAAAUCUCAACAACUUUGGCUGCACCUCCCCCCCCAAAAAAAAAUCCUGGCUACACCCAUGCCCCCUUCCUUUGUCAACUCAUCUUUUUAACAAAUGAUGCAAUCAGCAGUCUCCACUUCCCCACAUAUUGAUUGGACUCAAGGCAGCUUACAGAUAAAUACAAGAACUGUUAAAACAUAGAAAAAAACAAUCAUUAAAAAAAAUUAAACAUAAAGAGUUUUAGCUGCUCUUGCCAUAUAAGAAACACCGGUUCUAGUAGACUUUCAUAUCACACAGUCCCUUUUACAUGACUUUUUAUUUUUAUCCAAUAUUUCUUUGCCAUAUCACAUUCCUGCCACAUGUGGAACAAGUCACCCUUCUUUUAAAAUAUGUGGGCAGCAUUGUGUUUUACCUUGCCACCAUGGUUUAUGUGUGCUGCUGGUGGCAGAAACUAAACUAAUCACAUUGGUAAACUGCUCUGUGUAAACUGGUUAUCUUCAUAAUUUGGCAAUGGAUGAGAGGCCAAACAGUUUGAUCCAAAAGCCAGAAGCAGCAUUAUAAAAUUGGGAAGUAAGAGUGAGCUAAAAUGUCAGGCUGUGGUGAUAACCCCUCCAGCCAGUGCUGCAAAGGCAAAGAGGGGUGGGUAAGUAGUAAUUAAUUUGUCCCCAGAAGGGUUUCGUCUGCAAGGAGUCCUAGGCUCCUCCCCAUGGAUUGCUUACUGCUUCAGGGGGCAUGAUCUUUAGGUCCUCUUCUUGCCACUACUGUCCAGGGAGAACAAUUCAGUUCCCAGCUCCUUGGCUGCAGCUUUGUCACUGGAAGUCUCUUUUCCCCUUCCUUCCUGCUGUUGGAUGAGGGGAUGGAAGGAGUUGACCAAUCAGCAGUGUUUGGCUUGCCUUACUGCCCCACGAAGAACAGUGCCUGAAUAUCACUGCAGCUGAUACAGUUUCAGAAUCUCUCAUUUCUCAUACCUCAAUUGUACUAUCACACCUAUUGGUCUUUUAAUUGAUAUUGGAAUGGUUCUCUUCAGGGGACAAGGGAGAAAUGCAGAGAAUCCGAGAGGAUGCUGUGCGCAAAGCACAAGAAGACGCAAAAUCAGAAGCAGAAGCAAAAGCUGCUCAGAAACGAGAGCGCAGCAAGUUUGCUGUGGAGGCCACAAUUAAGGUAAAUCAGGUGCUGCCUGAGUCAUCCUUACGAGCAGAAAACAGGAUUGCAAAUAAUGGAUAACCAAUAUUAUACCUACUGACAAUAUUAUGAAGGUAAAGGUAAAGGGACCCCUGACCAUUAGGUCCAGUCAUGAUCGACUCGGGUUGCGGCGCUCAUCUCGCUUUAUUGGCUGAGGGAGCCGGCGUACAGCUUCCAGGUCGUGUGGCCAGCAUGACUAAGCCGCUUCUGGCGAACCAGAGCAGCGCACUGAAACGCCGUUUACCUUCCCACCGGAGCGGUACCUAUUUAUCUACUUGCACUUUGACGUGCUUUCGAACUGCUAGGUUGGCAGGAGCAGGGACCGAGCAACGGGAGCUCACUCCGUUGCGGGGAUUCGAACCGCGACCUUCUGAUCAGCAAGUCCUAGGCUCUGUGGUUUAACCCACAGCGCCACCCGCGUCCCUUAUUAUAUUAUAAUAUUAUACCUACUGACAAUAUUAUACCUACUGACAAAUGUUUCUUCAGAUGCUACAGUUUGCAUUGCAGCCUCAAAGUUAACAUGGGUGGAAGCUACACACAUAUUAAAAACACUGUGAAAAUGCUUUCUUUAAAAAUGUUUUGAAAAAUGCAUUGAAUUUGGCAUAUCACAUUCUUGCCAUGUGUGGAACAAGUCACCCUUCUUUUUUAUAUAUAUGGGCAGCAGUGUGUUUUACCUUUGCUGGGUAUCCAGCAAAAGUAAUGUGCUAUAUCCUCCACCCCCUCCUUCAUAAGAGUUACUGUGUUGAAUAUAAGAGAUAAGUCAUGAAAGACUUUGCACCUCAAAAGUAGUUGUAGUGCAGCGUUUGACGGUUCUGCAAUUCAAUCAGCUAGAAGAUGCGGAAAGAGAAAGGAUAGAAAUGCUGAAAGAAAAGGAGCGGAAAAAAGCCACUGAGGAGAUUGAGAAAUGGAAAGAGCAGAACGAGAAACAAAAGAAGAUUCAUUUUUGUCAGCCACAUCAGGAACACAGAAAAACCCCAGAGCAAAGCAAGCAAGAGAAUAAAAGGAAAGUGAAAUCUUCAAGUAGAGGAACAUCCAAGUCAAGUACAUCUACAGGAGGUAAAAUGUUCUUGCUGUGUUCAAAACAAACUAAACAUUUUAACCUUCCACUGCUUUUGGCUUGUGAAACCAUUUCUAAUCUGUCUUCACCCUAGUAUCCGGGCUCAGCAUUAUUGCUCCAUUUUUUAUUUCAGCUGCUUUUAUUCCUUGCUAAAGUAUCAGCACAGUACUUUCCUCCUUUGUGGCAUCUCCUGGUGGUCCUAGGACUUUACAGUAUUGACAGUACACAAUAGGUUAUCUGUAAUUGGUUUUAUAUGUUCUCCAUGAUUAUUUGUUGUUUAUAUUUUAUAUAAGGCCCAGUUGCCUUUUUGGCUUUUUAAAAAAAAAAUGAUUUAAAUUAUGAGAUAAAUUAUCUAAAAGUGUUCCCAUCCUGAGAGUUAGCUUGCCUGUUAGUGUUUCCCCUGAGGUCUUUUUCUUCCUUCUCAGUGGCUUGCACCAUCAGAUGCACAUGUGCUGGUGUGCUUCUUUGGGCCUUCAGGAUCCCACCAGGCACUACCCCCAGGAUAUUGGAUGCUCUAAUCAUAGCAAAUGCCAAAUGUUUAUCUCAGCAGUGGUGAUACAAAUAACGAGACAUUUUACAUGCAGCUUCAGCCCUGUUAGUUUUAAAUAAUCUGUACUUGUAUCAUCCUGCCAACGCCUGCCAAAUAAAGGUUAGAAAGAGGAAACCUAUUUAGAUCUGUGCUCAAGACUCUUCUUUUCCCUCCCUGGUUGCUGUGAACUGAUACAUUGAAAAAUUAAUUCAUUAUGUAUCCUGAUUAUUGCAGAUACAAUUUCUGGAAAUAUGUUUUCAGAGAAGCUGAAGGAAGAAUCUAUCCCUGCUCCGCGAUCUGCCAGUAGCAUUGAAAUAAAAUUCACCCCUCGCGUCUUUCCUACAGCUCUCAGAGAAUCCAGGAUUCCAGAAGAGGAGGAGGUAGGGAGACCCAGCUGCUCUGCUGUGGCUUCAAGGCAUGCUGAGGAGCUGCAGUUGUAGAGUGGGGCGUGGGGGUGGGCAGGCCUCCGGCAUUAUUUUAACUACUUUAGAAAAAAGAAUCUGGAUAGACAAUCUCACACGUAGAAAGCAAAAAAUAAAGGUACUUUGAAAAGGUCACAAAGUGAUGUGGACUUUAAAUGGAGGGAGAGGAUUUGUCCUACUGGUUGCUAAUGAUGUCAUAGAUACUGUCCAGUAGGAGCCAGUGACACUUCUUCAGUCAUGUUCCUCACAGCAAUUGAAACUGCAAUGUCUGGGCCAGCUGCAGGCAGGAAAGCAUGUUCUCCUGUCAGUGAAAUGUUGGCAAUGAAAUAGCCCCACAACACACAUGGCAAAUUGAGGGAAGACUUCAGCCAUUGAGAAUUAACUGUGCACUUAUGAUGUUGUAAACUGAUGGUUUGGAAAGGCCUGUAUGCUAUUAAUUCAGAGGACAGUGGAAGCAGGCUGUAAACAAAGGGAAAGGAGAGUGUUUUUUUGUGGAAUGUGGUUUUCUUUAUGAAUGUGUGCAUGUACUGCUAUGACUUGUAAAAGUAAGCAGUGCCUGCCCACCAAAAGGGAUUAUGACAAUGACCCUUACCACAAACUAGAGCAAAGGUAAUGCACAAACACUGCAGAGAAACUGUACGCAAUGCUUCUCUGGAGGUACUGAUUUUCUAUCACAAAAGACACAAGCAAACAAGCCUGAGUUAACUGAAAGUUAUCAACAGCCAUUGGCCAUAAUAACUCAGUGGAACUUUCCAUGCGCAGAGGCACCCUUCCUCCAUAAAUUGGUUGCUGAAGGGGAAAGCAAAUGACAAGGGAGAGGGUUGGUUCCAGGCCCUGCCUGUGGGCUCCCCAGAACUACUUGGUCUGCCACUGUGGGAAGGAUGUUGAGCUAGGUGGACCCACCUUGACCUGAUCAAUUUGGGCUCUUCUGGCAUUCUAAAUCUGGAACCCUUUGGAAGUCAAAUGCCAAUACACUUGGUGUUCAGUAUUGUUGCCAUACACUGGCAUAUUCACUUGCAUUUGCUAAAUAGAGCAAUUGAAUAUACUUGUACUGUUUUAGGCACAAAGCACUGCACAUAUCUUUUAUUCACAGUGGCUAUGUAAGCAAGCAGAGGCUCGCAGAAUCAUAAAUUCAGACAUUGCUGAGCUAGAAGAUUUAAAAGAAGAGGAGAAGAAUCCAGAUUGGUUGAAAGACAAAGGAAAGUGCGUUUGGAUGUUGCUUCAAAGGAUGUGUAAAAUCACUUUUAUCUCAUAUGUAAUAAUGGUUUGCUGUUUAUGGGGGAAAGGGAAUGAAGUAGCAACAAGUUGGAUGGGCAGUGUAUGUGUGUUUGUGGUUCAGUGCAGGCUUUUGCGAUUCUUCUCAAGCUCUGCCAGAAUGGCAACAAUUAUGAAUCCCGGUGGGAGUCCUAGAAGUAAAAUUUAGUUGGAUACAACCCUUAGUCCUUUUGGAAAUGUAAUAACUAGACUAUUCUGUAUACUCUUAUCUUUUUAGUAAAAUGUUUGCAACGGGAAAUUAUCUUGCUGCUGUCAAUGCCUAUAAUUUGGCAAUUCGUAUCAGUAAUAAGAUUCCAACAUUGUACUUGAAUCGAGCUGCCUGCCACCUUAAGCUGAGAAAUCUACACAAGGCGAUUGAAGAUUCCUCAAAGGUAUUUGCUUUUAUCAAAGCUUUCAGGUCUGUAGCAAAACUCUGUAUCACAUUCAUUUGUCACCCUACUGCGACUAUACAAGCCUUACAGUAUCAUGUGCAAUACUGUUAUUGUUUAACACUGAGUAAUUAUAAUUUCAUCAAAUAUCAACAUUUCCCAAAAUUGACACCUAACAAAAUGAAAUUCUGUAAAAAUCUGUUUUGCCAUCAUCUAGGUUAGCUGGAACUUUAUUAGAAUUUGCUGUCUGCCAUAGAUUUUUGUUUGUUUGUUUCAUGAGAAUAUUUGUAAGCUGACUUGAGUGCCUCUUGGGGCUAUAAAGCAGGAUAUAAAAUAUAUAUAAUAAAAUUGGCUGAUGCCACUGUGUUAGGAUUACAAAACAGUUGGGUUCAAGGGCAAGUUCAUGCUCUCCCUCCCCCCCCUUCUUUGUGUGUGUCACUCGUAAGGGUGUAUGUGCACUAUGCAGCUGUCAACUGAUAAGCCUGGUUUUGCUACUUUAAGUAAGGGUCUGAUACUGUCCUUGCCUGCAGCCUGUAGUAGUUUCCUUACCAGUCUACUUACUGCCCUCUUUUAUUAUUAUAAUCUGCUAAUUUAUAUGCCUCUUAAUGGCCACAUGACUUCUAAGUGGUUUACAAAAUAUGAAAACUAAUUGUGCAAUGUUGUUAAAAUGCAGUAAAAUACACCAUUAUUAAAAUACAUAUUAAAAUAAUCUCAGUAAAAAUGUCAAAAUAUAAAUGGCUGUAGCUCAGUAGUGGAGCAUCUGCCUUGCAUGCAAAACCAGCAUGAGAACCAUCGUGAUGUGGUUAGAGUACUGGACCAGGGGGUGAAUCCUCACUUGGCCAUGACCCUUACUGGAUGGCCUUGGACCAGUCACUGCCUCUCAGCCCAAUCUACUUCACAGGGUUGUUGUGGGGGUUAAAUGAGGAGGAGAACCAUGUAAACUACCUUGAGUUCCUUGGAGGAAAAGGUGGCAUAUGAAUGAUGAUGGUGGUGGUGAAGAAGAAUAGGACCCAUGUUCAGUUCUUGGUGGCAUCUGCAGGUAGGGCUGAGAGAGACCCCUGCCUGAAACUCUGAGAGCUCUGGAGAGCUGCUUCCAGUCAGUGUCAAUAAUGCUGAGCUAGAUAGACCGAUGGUCUGACUCAGUAUAAAGCAGCUUCCUUUUCUAUAGUGAAAAUAUACAGUAAAACAGUUGGGCAGUUAAAGCAAGAGAGCUGCGGUCUGUGCCCAUUUGUGCACCAGGUAGCAAUAUGUUGUAGCUGCUGCCAGUGCCGGAUUUACAUAAAAGCUAAACAAGCUAUAGCUUAGGGCCUCUAAUUGUGAUAUUGAUUUAAAAAAAUAAAAAAUACAGAUACCCACUAAGACUUCAGACACCUCAGCCAAGGCUCAGCUUGUUUUGUUUGUGCUCCAAGGUGGUCCAGCAGAGAGGUACUUGACAUGUUUGUGUCUCUGCAAAUGAAGGCAAGGAACCUGAUAGAUUUGAAAACAAAUGCUGGCAAAUGCAUGUGUGAGUCGUACACUGUCUUCAAGGGACAGCUAAGCUGACUUCCAAGCUUGUGUGUUUUAUUUUUCAAGGCCCUGGAAUUACUGACUCCUCCUGUUCCUGACAAUGCUAAUGCUAGAGUGAAAGCUCAUGUGAGGCGUGGGGCAGCAUUCUGUGGACUGGAAUUGUAUGCUGAAGGUAAAGGAAAGAUACAUGCUGAAGAUAACAUUCCUGCAUUUGUUGGGAUUUAUUGUAUGAUAUGAACAAGACUUUGUUAAUCUGUACUUUUUUUUUGCUUGUUCAUCCAGAAAGUUAAAUCUUUUAAAAUUUUAGUUUUGUUUUAUUUAUGGAGAUGGGAUGAUGCAAUACAAGGCAUUCGCCCGACUCAAAAUAGACCUAAUGACAUCAACGGACUUAAUGAACUUCUGCCCAUUGAUUAUUUCAGUAGGUCCACUUUGAAUUAUUUGCAUCACCCACAGUCUGUUAACACACUGUUACCCGCAACCAAUAGAAACAAAACCACAAAAGUGGUUUUUUCUACAAGUACUAUUCCUGUUAGAUGAAAUAUUUAAGUAUAUUGGACAGUGUGUUGCAUUGGAACACUUUAUUUUCUAAACUAGCUUUCUUUGCCCAAUGUAAAAGUGAACAGAAAAGUCUUCUGUAUCUUCCUUUCCUUUUCCAAGUAGUUUCUCUCUUUGUAAAUAUAUUUGUUUGCUACCUUGUUUCCUUUAGCUUUACUGUUCAUCUAAUUUGGAGCUUGACAAAAUGCUUCCUUACUUCAAUCUGCUUUCAUCAUUUCUAGCACCUCUAGAUUUCUGUAGUAAAAUAAUUGGUAUGUUUUGCCUUCAGCUGUAUUUUCCUUCUCCAGUACAUUUCCCCAAAGAAAAUUAUGUAAUACUUCUCCCUAAAUUUCUGGGAAUUGGAAGGUGAGCAGCCAUUAUGUCCCACUUCUCCCCUCCAAUGUAGCACAAAGUAACUCAAAAGACAAGGCACCAAAACACCCAUUUCCCUGUUUAUUCACUCCAUGCAGGUGCUUUUGAGAAAAAAGAAAUGCACAGCUUCUCAGUCUACUACACAUAACCAUAGUUUUAUCAGUGACUCAGCACAGUCGUGUUCCUGUUGUCAAUAUCUAGAAAUCUAACUUGCAUUUCUGCAAAGUACUGGUUUUUUAUGGGUGGCUGCAGGGAGCCUUUGGGUUCCGAGUCAAACCUGAAGAGCAGGCAUUGCUUGUAUUCUGUUUUAGAGAUUUCCUUGCCUGUAAAUACCAUUGUUUAUUAAAGGAAAAUCUGUCCAUCUGUUUCCCAGGUCUUGCUGGUAUAAAGACUUUAUGCUAAAGGAAGUGUAGAAUAGCAACAAUAAAGUAGGGUACUACCAAUGGCCUCUAAAAAUGUCCCUGCUAGGCCAUGUUAUAGGACUAAGAAGCACAUUCUGUAUUGGUCAGCAAGACAAUCUAACUCCUAGCCAGGCAGCAGCAGGGUGUAAUGAAGUGGUAGAGCCAGGGCUGCAUCCCCAUUGCUCACAUUAUCCAGGAAAGAUGGUGGAGGGGGGUACAAAUGGUAGAACCAGUGGAUCUCAGGCCACCAACUUAGCCCUUUCCCAUACCUCCAUUUGGGGGCUUUGGGGAUCCCACAGGCAGAAGAGGGGCUUUGGAUUGCAGCCCAGGGCUAUAAUCCAGGGAUGGGGAACUCCAGAUGUUGUUGGAUUCCCAAUUCUUAGUAGUCCCACUAGCGUGGCCAGUUGUCAAGGAUAGUAGGCUGUCCAGCAGCAUCUGGAGGGCCAUAGGUUCUUCACCCCCAGUGCAAUCCUAUACAUACAGUACUUACCUGUGAUUAAACCCCUUUGAACACAGGACUUACUUGUAAGUCAAUAUGCACAAAAGUAGAUGCUUCUUCUAAUUCUACUUUAUAGUAUGUUGCUGCCAUUGUAUGAUUAAAAUGCAUGCUAAAUUAACCCUAGGUCUCCAAGAUUAUAUUGCUGCUCUCAGGAUUGAGCCCACAAACAAAAAUGUAGAAGAUGAUGCUGAGAAGAUUCGACGCAUAAUUCAAGGAAAUGAAUGAUUCAUGGAGGUGGAGAAUGCAAAUUGGUGAUCAGCUAUCAUGUCCAUGCUAGUAAUGUUGAUACUUAUCCUUGGAAGAUAUUUUGUUGGUGUAUUAAAUAAGUAGUUGGAUAUUCCUCUUCUUUAGCUCAAGUAUAGUAGUUAACAAAUAUGGCGACAUUUGAGGGCCUUUAUAAGAAUAAAAUAUAAAAAUGCUUUCUUAAACUUAGAACACAUAUUUUCUUAUCUUGCACAAUAAACAAAUAGAAAAGCCU